GUCAAGAAUCAAAGAUAUCAUACACAUUUACAGAGACAAAAAAAUAGGAUUUUUAGAUCGACAAAAUGCAGAAAACUGCAUCAUCUUCAACCUUGGGUCCAGAUGGUUUAGACAUAGCACAAUCGUUCUUCAAGCCCAUUCAAGGCGCAUCGCCACCACCAACAACCAGCCGGAACACCAAAAUCUCCGUCGUUGGUGUCGGGAACGUUGGUAUGGCCAUCGCACAGACCAUCCUCACCCAAGCCCUCGCCGACGAGAUCGCACUUGUCGACGUCAACGCCGAAAAGCUUCGUGGAGAGAUGCUAGACCUCCAACACGCCGCCGCCUUCCUCCCACGAACGAAAAUCUCCGCUUCCGUUGAUUAUUCCAGCACUCUCGCAUCAGAUCUUGUCAUCGUCACCGCCGGUGCACGACAGAUACCGGGGGAGUCUAGGCUUAACUUGUUACAGAGAAACCUCGCCCUGUUCUCAAAAAUGAUCCCGCCGUUGGCUGCAGGGUCGCCGGAGACUAUCAUGCUCAUCGUCUCGAAUCCGGUGGAUGUUUUGACUUAUGUUGCUUGGAAGCUAUCUGGGUUUCCGUCGAAUCGAGUUAUCGGAUCUGGUACUAACCUCGAUUCAUCCCGAUUCAGGUUCCUCAUUGCUGAUCAUCUAGAUCUCAAUGCUCAAGAUGUACAGGCUUACAUCAUCGGAGAACAUGGAGACUCAUCGGUGGCGUUAUGGUCAAGCAUAAGCGUAGGAGGGGUUCCGAUACUUAGCUUUUUAGAGAGGCAACAAAUCGCAUGUGAGAAGCAUACACUUGAGAAGAUUCACAGAGAAGUUGUGGAAGGUGCAUAUGAAGUAAUCAGGUUGAAAGGAUACACAUCGUGGGCAAUUGGGUAUUCGGUGGCUAGUUUAGCUCGAAGCAUCUUGAGGGAUCAACGUAGCAUUCACCCUGUUUCUGUGUUGGCUAAAGGGUUUUACGGCAUUGAUGGUGAUGGUGUCGGCGAGCCAUUUCUGAGUUUGCCGGCGCAGUUGGGGAGGAGCGGCGUCUUGGGGGUGACGAAUAUUCAUCUGACGGAAGAUGAAGCAAAACAGCUUCAAGAAUCUGCUAAGACAAUCUUGGAGGUGCAAAGCCAAUUGGGCAUUUGACUUGAGUUGACUUGAUUUGAUUGAGCCAUAUGUUUUACUAUUUAUUUUAAGAGUAUGUUUUGGUAUUUCUGCAUUACUCGGGGUUAGUUUUGUAAAUUCCCGUAACUAGUAGUAGUUUUCGCAUUUUACCCUAUAUCGAAG